GUCUUACUUUUCAUUUUCCACGACUCGACGCCUGCUUCAUUAAUUAGGUAUAAGUUUGCUUUGUUCGAUAAGUUGAAUAUUAGCUCAAGGAAAAACUACAAAAAGAUGAUGCCUUCGCGUCGUUGUACUAGCAGUCGGCGGACUCUUCUGUCCGGUGUAUGCUCUGCGUUCUUGGCUGCAUUGUUGCAAAACGCGACAGGCGCAGCUGUUACGCCGACAAGCUCUACUAGUAUCUCAGGCUCCUCGGCGGGCGAAGGAUAUUUUUAUCGCGAGGACCAGCAAGAACACGACGUGCGCACGUCCCCCGCACAUAGUGACGGUGCUCAGGAGGAACACCAGCACGACCAACAGCUAGAUCAUGAAGCGACAUCCUCCUCAUCCGGUGCCUCGACCCCAGAACAGGUCUCUUCCCCAACUUGCUCGUCUUCCUCGUCGCUCCUCGCUCGAGGCCUGGGACCAGGCGGACCCACCACUGGGGAUGUUGCUGAUAAUUGCAACACGUCAGAUCACAGCAUGCUCCUGCUGCAGAAGGGAUCUCCGCGGGGAGCAGAGCAAGACUGGAUGGCGUUGUCACAACUUCUGGUGGACGAGAUGAGCGAGUAUGUCAUCGUCGAAGAGGAUGGAGAAGAGAAGCCAGCGACAGGCUCGGCGCAAGGCCAAAAGCACAAGCAACAAGAAGCAGAGGGACUCGGAGGUGGAUCUGGCGCGUCAGCCUCCUCCUCCGGGAUUACAGGUCAAGGAGCUCCUUCUGUGCCGGAGAUGACGCAAAACACCAGUCGCGGCGCGCUGGCCGCGCUACCCGAGGAGGGGGAGCCCCGGCAGGGAAACGGUGACGCCGGUGCGGGGCAAGAGCAGCCGCUGGGGUUUCUUGGAGGGUAUGUAAGGGGUCGCCUUGCUAAAUGUUUUCUGUUGGAUUGGCAAUCCGGGGCAUUGGUAUGCAGAAUUACCACUGCUACAUUGCCAUUGUAUGUCAUGCAUGUCUGCUUCUCAGUCGUAGGUAUCGAGUCUUUCGCUUUAAAAACAGCUUCCUCCGCUUCGUAAAGAAGCCACCGUCGACCUGCGGUUCUGGCGAAACGGUUUCUAGUCGCGAACUAGCGCCUUCUGAUCCAGACGGUGGCGGCUCUGAGGUAAAAAAAAUUGACAACUUUUGCUCGAUGUACUACUGUUUUUGUAACUAGUUGUCUAGUCAGUCUUGCUAAAAAUCAUGUGUAGUAGUUGCAUCAAAUUCGCGUUUGCAGCGCACCAAACGACAUCAUCAAGAAAACAAAAUCACUCGAUUUAGGGGCCCGAAAACACUGGCGCUACAGCCUGUGGCGUUCACCGGUCGCCGAGCACGGAAGCGGUGCUCAUGGCCGAGGAGGAUAAGGCGGAUACUCAGAACGAAAUCGAGUUGGGAGCGGAGGAAAAUACCAGCAUUCCUCUUAUCCCGUCCCCGCAGAUGACCAUGGUUGUGGAAGAACAGAACGAAUGCGAAUGGGGAGGCGGACAAUUAUACGCUCCAGGGCAUCAAGUGGAGUCGAGCUCAAGUUUUACUGAAAGAGCCAACAUUGUGGUCUCUGCAAACGCAUCUCCAGAAGGAACUGGAGCUGCUGGCCGCACUCUUAUAACUGCGUCGUCAACGACUGAGACGGAAGGCGGUGGGGGUCCUCCGAGCGCGGCAACAAGAACUACAAGCGCAACAAGUAAAUCAAGCACUACUUUUCUGGCGCCCACAGCAGCCUACUUGGAAGGUCAUCCACCCCCUGUGAAGCCGAAACCGCUGGAGCAACCAUUUUCCCCGUUCUCCUCGUUUUCCGCGGGGUCCACGGCGUCUCCGCUAUGACGUUCUCAACUGUUACAUUCUCAACUGUUGCGUGAUUUGUCAUGCAAAAUUGCCAUAAGCCGGCACGCGUCACGCGAUCAAGGUGCUUCGCAUGACAAAUUAUCUAAAUCUGUUCCAAAUUUAUAAUGCAAAGCACGCAAUCUUCCCGCGUUCACUUUUGCUGUUCUUGCAUGACAAAUUCAUGUAACAGUUGAGACUGUAACAUUUGAGAAUUCCAUAUCCGCCGCUAUCACCGUCGGAGAUGGACGCAACAAGCAAAACUAUUGGGGGAAGAUCAUCUACCUCAGGCGCUGCCGUUUCUGGUCCUCAGCCUGUGUAUCAGGAUAGAAAUCAGCAGCACCCACACUACGCCGAACCCAUUUCUCUCGCCGCGGCCGCUACAACCUGUAUUUCUAACCUCGAAGGCCAAAAGCAAGUGACCGACUUUGUGAAUGCGGUCUGCCAACACGAGCACCCGCUCGCUGGGAGUAUGAUCGACCUUGAAGGAGGGGCAUCAACAGCUUCUACGGUGGCUGCAGCACAGCUGCAAAAUCACCAAGGGCGUGAGCAGCAUCCCGCGCCCGCCUCUACUACUGCUGCUUUCUACGGUCCAACCAUCACCACUCGGCCCCCGCAGUCCACGAAGUUGGUUCAUCCGCCGGGCGCCAUGGCGACAACCUCGACUCCUGAUACCAACUCCUUGAAUUGUCCCACAAACACUUCUCUCGAGAACCUCCACCAACAAAUCUCCAUGUUCCCCGCAGACGCCGACCCGUGGCACCACUCCUCCUGGGGUGCGCUGCGACAGGCCUGCGACAGAGUCAUCCAAGAUCAAGCACAACUCGAGCGCGACAUCGAGCGCGCGAAACAGCUGGCAAGUAACGCGGGCGGUGGCUCUGGUGGAGGUGUUUCUUGCGGUGCGAGGGCGACGAGGCCGCCAUGCGUCGAAAAUUCGUCCCUUGACCACGCGACAACCAUUAACAUUGACACCGCACCUGUAGUCCCGGUCGUAACUACCGCAAACACCUGCCCCUGGACCGUGUCCGCGGAUGUGGCAGACCUCGAAAGCGGUUUGUCGCACUUGACGCUUGACAAGGAGAGAAAAAUGAGUCCGCCCGCGACCCGGUUGAUGAUGGCAAACACUGUGCAGCCCGGCGUGGUGGUUGGAACACCUCCGACUACAGGCAUGGGAGGUGCUGGAGCAUCUGCGGUCUCGUCCUCGGGGAAGGGCUACGGGUAUUCUAAUACCGGCUCUACGAAUCAGCACCCUUUGAACAACGGACCACAGGCCGUGACGGAAGAAGACUUUGCGCAAGCUUGGUACGGCUACGCGCCAAACAAAGAGUACGGGCCGACAAACGGCGGUAGGGACUGCCCUCCUUUCACCAACAACGGCUUUUUCCAAUCCACGGCGGGGAACUGUUUGAAGGAGUGCAUCGAGCUGUUGUGCGGCUGCGCGAAAAUGGCGGCGACUAGGACGAUGCCGGCGAAUUACGGGGUGGUCAGGACCGACCCAGUGAGGAAGAAUGAGUGACGAGGCGGGUCGUGGAAAGGACGUGUAGUAGAAGUACAAACUGAAACUGGACUUCUGCAUUAGCAGUAGGGUUCCUCGGUCAUCGCCACUAUAGGUUUCCUCCGCUUGGUGCUACUUUUUUUGAGAAUACUAUAUCCGACGAGCUUUGUAUUGUUUCAAGACCAAGCAAAUUUUCGCUGUCACAGCACGAAAAUGUUGAUGGCUAUUUUGAGAAUACAAGAAAACGACAGAAGUUUACGAGAUUUUCUAUCAAGAGCAAGGGCCUACAUCCAACACUGAGUUUGCAGUUCAUGAUCCAUGGCUUAUCCGUAUCACUUUCCUUUUUACGCUUCCGAGUUCCAUCAAUUUCAUAUGUACUAAGCAAAAUCUUGAAAAACAUUGCGCCUCUCCGAAAGAAAUGUAUCCUGCUGAUGUCCGCAAAAUAUUUUGACCAAAGUGAUUUUGUGAUCGAAGACAAAUUAAAAUGUAAGGAAAGGACCAGAGCGAGAGGGUGCUACUCGAC